AUGGGUUGUGAGAGGACCAACGCAUCCCUGAAACAACCGGCCCAAGAAGAUCUAUGGAGUGACAAGGAGAAAGUCAACCCCCUGAACCUGGACCUGUGGACUGCCAUUGAACAUUUCGAGUCGAAAAAGGUUCGCUUGCAGGAAAAGACGAAGCCAAUACCCAAGAUUGCACAAUCUCCGGUGAAGUUUGGAAUCGAUUUCUACAACCGGGUUUCCAAGGCCGUUGAAGAGAACCGCUACUUGGACUUAGAAAUCGAACUUUUUGAAAAGUAUGGCGACACUUUCUCGAUUUCCAUGUUUGGGAAAACCAUUGUUAUGACCCGCGAACCAGAGAACAUAAAGGCAAUUCUUGCCACCCAGUUCGAGCAGUUUAGCUUUAGUGCCUCGAGGUACAAUAGCUUUUUGCCUAUGCUUGGUGAUGGUAUUUUUACCCACAAGUAUGGGGGUGGAGAUCAGGGACAACCGUGGCGUCAUUCCCGCAGUGUUCUUCGUCCGCAGUUUGCAAGGCAACAAAUUCAGGAUCUCGCCGUACUAGAGUCAUUUGUGCAGAACAUGUUCAACUUGAUACCAGACAAGCAGACUAUUGACCUGCAAGAGCUGUUUUUCAAGCUCACGAUGGAUACAGUUUGUUGCCUGACUGUCCAGCUGAAGAAGCUCAAUUUUACAAUGAUUUCACUCGAGGAUCUGGACUUCUACUGGCUGCAAAAAGACGGUGCUGAAUUCCAGAAAAUUUGCAAGAAUAUGCAUGCGUACUUGGAUAAGUUCACCCGAAGAGCACUGCAGUUACAAACUUCUGGCAAGCCAACACACUACGAGCUUGGUGGAAAGUACGUAUUUCUGGAGGAAGCUGCAAAGGAAUUCAAAGACCCCGUCCGACUGCGAUCAGAGCUCUUUAAUAUCCUGCUUGCCGGGCGAGACACAACGGCGAGUCUCUUAUCCAUCUGCUGCCAUCAGCUCGCAAGACACAAGGAUGAAUGGUUUCGUCUCCGAAAGGAAGUAAUUGAAACCCUUGGGAACAGGAAACCAACUUAUGAGGAUAUCAAGUCAAUGAAGUAUCUUCGAUAUGUCCUUAACGAGACCCUUCGGUUAUUCCCCGUUGUACCUUCCAACGGCCGUGAGGCUGUCAUUACUACCACAUUACCAUGCGGCGGUGGUCCAGAUGGGGAGCAUAAGGUACUGGUCUCCAAGGGAACCAAUGUACUGUACUCAGUUUGGGGUCUUCACCGUUCACCAAAGUCUUACGGCCCGGACCCGACUGUUUUUCGGCCCAGCCGCUGGGAAUCUAUUCGUGUCGGGUGGAAUUACCUACCGUUCAAUGGCGGUCCUAGAAUCUGUCUAGGUCAACAAUACGCGCUGACAGAAGCGUCAUAUGUUCUCAUCCGCCUUUUACAGACAUUUGAGGACAUCGAGAACCGAGACCCAACUCUAAAUUUUAUUGAGGAUUUGAGAUUGACAAUGGCCUGCCACGGAGGAACAAAAGUUUCGUUGACAAGGGCUUCAUCGAAGUGA